ACACACACACAGAAUCGUCGACAAAAACGCGCGCUAUCGAACAACACCGCGGCAGCAUCGACGACAAGAAGUUACACGGCUUGGUUUCCGACAAUAAAGUGAUUUAGUGUACUCGUCGUGUACAGUAAAAUAUUGUGUAAAGAUGCAGCAAUUCGAGCGCAGAUCGAUAGUUAAUGGAGCCCUUCUAAAAAGACACGUAGGCCAAUGCGUCAGUAUUCACUUGAAGGUGGAUCGGGCUGCCGAUGGUUGCAAAUCUUUUAGCGGCAAAACGACGGACGGUGUUACCGUUCAGGUGGCCCUAUCGGAACCUUUGAAUGGCGCAUGCAGUGGAUGGGUGGAAGUGAUCGGAGUGGCCGCUCCCAACGAUUCCGUUCGCUGCAAACAGAUCAUCACAUACUUCAGCACUGGCGAUAAAGCGGAGAACUUUGAUGUGGACGGACACAACAUGUUGUGCACCUUGCUGUCGGUGUGUAAGGAACCCUUCGACUUGGGCCCGCAAAUGUAAUAAUCCGCGUAAUAUAUGUUAAGUUGAAAGAAUGAACGCCACGCGUUUGUGUACACUCGA